UGACUCUGCUGUAUUUGUGGAUUGCCAGGGAAGCAGUCCAGAGUUUAUGCAUCAAUUUGUCCAAUUUGUCAAUUCACUGGCGGGACAUCCCUUAGAAACAAACAUUUUCUUUCGGGCAGAAACUUUUCACAUGAUCAACACUUUAAAAGAAGCCGUCCUCAAAGCCAGAUAUUCGUCAAUCAUUGAAUCAUCUUUCCAAUAUGCCAAAUAUGGGUUAUUACAGCAGUGUAGCUAAAGACGCGUUCAAAGGGGCUUUUAAAGAAGUCUCCAAGCGAGCUCAGCAAAACUCAGCUAUAGCGAUCUGCACUGUGGCUGCAGUUGGUGGAGUCGCUCUAGUCGCUGCUCCGGGAGUUACAUCGGCAGCUAUCUAUACUAAACAGAGAUUAAGAGCAUUCGAGUUAAUUUAA